CCGGUGCUGAGCCGCGCUGGAGGCGCUCGGAGAGCGGAGCAGCCUUCACUCCAUCAGAACCGGUCUACCGACACCUGUCUGCCACAUUUACCACCUCUAUCAACCUGUGUGUGUGUGUGCCUGCAGCGGGAGUUAUAGCGGUACUUCAGUCUUCGGGAAUGAAGAACAAACCCAACCAACAGGUGAAGACCGCGGCUCCGCACCGACCGGACAUGUCGAGCUUCGAGGUGACCGUCCAGCAGCUCAACGAUCUGCUGACGGACGACAGCGGCUUCUACAGCUGGCCGACCGAACACUUCCACGAGGUUUACCCCAGGAUCUACGUCGGCAACGCGUUCGUGGCGAUGAACGUGAUGCGUCUCAAACGUAGGGGCAUCACCCACGUCCUGAACGCCGCCGAGGGAAACUCCUUCAUGCACGUCAACACCAACGCUGAGUUCUAUGCCGGCUCGGGAAUCACCUACCACGGCGUACCAGCCAGCGACACCGACCACUUCGACAUCAGCGUUUACUUUGAAGAGGCGGCAGACUUCAUAGGGAAGGCACUGGCAUACAAAAAUGGGAAAGGUAAAGUGUACGUUCAUUGCAGGGAAGGCUACAGCCGCUCGCCUACCUUAGUCAUAGCCUACCUGAUGCUUCAUCAGAACAUGGACGUACACAGCGCUCUGGCCACGGUGCGCCACAGAAGAGAGAUCGGACCCAACGACGGCUUCCUUCGGCAGCUCUGUCGCCUGAACCAGAGGCUGGCUUCUGAGGGAAACAAAUGAGGCAGACGAGAAGGCAGGAAGACUGUCCGUAAGAGGGAACAAAAAUAUGCUUAACUGCACAUCGCUCUCUUUCACUUGUUCUACACGUUUAUCAAGCUGCAGAUCUGUGAGGGGAUGUUCUGGAGGGGAGGAUAGUGGGAGAAUGAAAGACAUUCUCUCUUAGACUAAGGCUGACAGCACCGAGUGUAUGUAUUGUACAAAAUAAUACAUCUUAAUGUACACACACACACACACACACACACACACACACACACACACACACACACACACACACACAAAUCUGUGACACAUACGUACAGUGUUUUAAUUGUGCUCAAACAAACGACGCCAUGUUCUGAUCAUACAUACAUGUGAUAGGGCUGCUCGAUUAUGGAAACCAUAAUCACAAUUAUUUUGGUGAAUACUGAAGUCGCGAUUAUUUAACGCGAUUCCUCAUUGACUUUUGGAAAGAUAUUGCAUUUAUUGAACUUAAAAAACAACCGUAAAACAGUUAAACAAAUCAACAGUAAAAGCACCUUGAACUUAAUUACUUUUCCGGUUGAACUUUUUGAACCAUCAGAACACAAGACAAAAUAAGAGUUUACUUGCAAAACGCAAUGUGCGAAAAAUAAUUGUUUUUCUCAAUUACAUUGUUUUUGUGAUCGUUAGGAGCCAAAAUCAAAAUGUUAUGAAUUACACAGCCCUACAUUGUGAGGUUAAUAUCCAGGUGCACUGCAUUCACCAGGGGUCUCAUAUAUAAACUUGGCAUAUGCAUAAAACGGGGCUGAAAACGUGUGUGCGCCACUUCCCACGCAAAGGUUGUGAU